AAGUGUGGUGAGAGCUUCAGUCAUUCAUCAAGCCUCAUGACCCACUGACUGAAUUCUAUAGGGGAGAGGCUGUUUAAAUGUGAGGUGUGUAAGGAGAGCUCCACAGGCUAUUAAGAUUUCCCAACAUGCAAGAUCCAUCUGUGGUACCAGAGCUAAACAACUACAUGGAGAAGAAACCACUCAAGUGUGAGGUGUGUGACCGAACCUUUUCACAUCCAUCAACGCUCAUGCAACACCGACGUAUUCACACAGGAGAGAAACCAUUCAUAUGUGAGGUGUGUGACAAAUCAUUUUCACGUUCAUCGCACUUUCGUGUACACCAACGCAUUCACACAGGGGAGAAACCAUUCACCUGUGAGGUGUGCAACAAAUCCUUCUCAGAGUCAGCAACCCUCCGCAAACAUCAACGCAUUCACACAGGGGAGAAACCAUUCACGUGUGAUGUAUGUGAUAAAUCAUUCUCGCGGUCAUCAAUUCUCCGCGCACACCAACAUACACACACUGGGCAGAAGCUGUUCAUCUGCAAGGUAUGUCACAAAGCCUUCACACUGUCAUCAAAUCUCCUGCGCCAUCAGACAGUGCACACUGGGGAGAAACCCUUCAAGUGUGAGGUUUGUGAUAAAGCUUUUGCAAUAUCGACAAGGCUCCUCAUUCAUCAGAGCAUACAUACCGAAGAGAAACCCUUUCGGUGUGAGGUUUGCGAGAUGGCUUUCACUCAAUAUUCCCAUCUCCUGACACACCAGAGGAUUCACACAGGGGAGAAACCAUUUAAAUGUGAAGUGUGUGAACGAGCCUUCACACAGUCAUCAACACUCAUGCAACAUCGACGCAUUCACACUGGGGAGAAACCAUUCACAUGCGAAGUCUGCAACAAAUCAUUCUCGCAGUUAACAAACCUCCGUGCACACCAACGCAUUCACACAGGGGAGAAACCGUUCAGAUGCCAAUUGUGUGACAAAUCAUUUUCGCGGUCGUCGACCCUCCGUGACCAUCAACGCAUUCAUACAGGGGAGAAACCAUUUACAUGUGAGCUGUGCAACAAAGCCUUCAGACACUUUUCGACACUCCUGGUUCAUCAGAGGAUCCACCUAAGAUACUUUAUCAAUUUUAUUCAUUACAAAUCAGAAGGAUUGCACCGUACUACACCAGAGAAUACAGAGAGGAUACAGACACUGCAGAUCGAUCCUGACCAUCACGCAAGGAACAACUACAUAACUGUAGGAAGACAUCCAGUCCCUUUACAGCAUUGCUCAACACAGAGAAAGUUGGGCAGUGAAACCAUCAUCUGGAAAUCAGUCAGGUCAGGGGAGCUUGGACAGAUCAUCAGAUCUGAAAGUGGCGUGCCACAAGCUUUUACAAAGUCAUCGACCCUCAUGAACCAACAACACACUCACACAGGACAGAAGCAGGUUGACCAUGAUGUGUGUGAUCAGGUGUUUGCACAAUCAUCGGGCCUGCACAUUCCCCAGCAAAUUCAUUCUGUGGUGAAACCAUAUAUGUAUGAGGUGUGUGACAAAUCAUUCUCUGAAUCUUUGACCCUGCGCAGACACCAACACAUUUACACCAAGGAAAAGCCUUUCAUGUGCAAGGUGUGUGACAAAUCAUUCACACAGUCAUCGAACCUGCUCGUACACCAACGCAUUCACACUGGGGAGAAACCAUUUACGUGCAGUGUGUGUGUCAGAUCAUUCUCGAACUUAUCAACCUUGAACAAACACCAACUGAUUCACACAGGCGAGAAACCAUUCUUAUGCAAGAUGUGUGGUAAAUCUUUUGUGCAGUCAUCGACUCUCCUCGUGCAUCAGCGCACUCACACAGGGGAGAAACCAUUCAAAUGUGAGUUGUGUGAGAAAUCAUUCUCGGCAUCGUCAAGCCUCCGUAAACACCAACGGAUCCAUAGCGGGGAGAGACCAUUCACAUGUGAGGUGUGUGAGAAAUCAUUCUCAUCAUCAUCAAACCUCUACUCACAUCACCGCAUUCACACAGGAGAGAAACCUUUCAAGUGCAAGGUAUGUGACAAAUCAUUUACAGAGUCUUCGACUCUGCACAGACACCAACGCAUUCACACAAGGGAAAAGCCUUUUACAUGUGAGGUGUGUAACAGAUCGUUUGCACAGUUAUCAAUCCUGUUUGUACACAAACGCAUUCACACUGGGGAGAAACCAUUUACAUGCAACGUGUGUAUCAAAUCAUUCUCGAACUUAUCAACCCUGAACAAUCACCAACACAUUCACACAGGCGAGAAACCAUUCUCAUGCAAGGUAUGUGGUAAGUCUUUUGCACAAUCGUCAAGCCUCCUUGUGCACCAACGUAUUCACACAGGGGAGAAACCAUUCAUGUGCAAAGUGUGUGUCAAAUCAUUCUCCAGUUCAUCAACCUACCAUUUACAUCAACGUAUUCACAGUGGGGAGAAGCCAUUCAAAUGUGAGGUGUGUGACAAAUCAUUCUCAGCCUCAUCAAGCCUCAGUGUACAUCAACGUAUUCACACAGGGGAGAAACCAUUUACGUGUGGUCUGUGUGAUAAAUCAUUCCCUGACUCAUCAAGACUCCUGCUUCAUCAGAGGAUUCACACGGGGGAGAAACCAUUCACAUGCGAGGUAUGUAGUAAAUCAUUCUCAGUGUCGUCACGCCUUCAAGUACACCAACGUAUUCAUACAGGGGAGAAACCAUUCAGGUGUGAUGUAUGCAAUAAAUCAUUCUCACAGACACUGACUCUGCGUCUACACCAAAGGAUUCACACAGGGGAGAAACCAUUUACGUGUGAGAUGUGCGACAAAUCAUUUUCACGGUCAGAGAAUCUCCGCAGACACCAACGCAUCCACAGAGGGGAGAAACCAUUCAUAUGUGAAGUGUGUGAAAAAUCAUUCUCAGACUCAUCAAGACUCCUGCUCCAUCAGAGGAUUCACACGGGAGAGAAACCAUUCAGAUGUGAGGCGUGUGGCAAAUUAUUCUCGUCAUCAUCAAACCUCUGCUCACAUCAACAAAUUCACCCAGGGGAGAAACCUUUCAAGACAAAUCCUUCUCAUAGUCAGGAUUGCUCUCCACUCAUCAAUGAACCCACAUAGGGGAGAAACAAUUCAACCAAGUUGUGUAAAAAUUGUUCUUGUGGUUAGACAGUCUCCACAUACUGCAGCACAUCUGCACAGGAGAGAAACCAUUCAUGUAUGAUUGAUGCAACAAAUUGUUCUCAAGAUCUAUGGACCACCUAGAGAAUACACACAGGCAUGUAACCCUUCAAGUAUGAUGUUUGUGAUGAAUUUUUCAUUGUGUUCUCCACCAAAUGGAACACUGAAGGAUUCACACAGAGAAUCUCUUAAGGUGCGAUAUUUGUGAGCAUAUCUCCUUGUCAUUAAUACAUGAACACAGGGGAGGAACCUCGUGCUGUGAAUUCUGACAUGAAGCAUUCACGCAGUUGUUGGACCAUUUAGAGCAUUGGCGAACCCACAUGAGAACUACCUCGUGAAGUUCUUGCAAAUCCAUCCUCAGAGUGUGUGAACCUUUACACAGUCUCACAGCGCAGGGUGUUCAGUGGGACUGGGACACAGAACAAGAAGCAGCUUUCACUCCCAUCAAACACCUCGUGAUGACAUCACCAGUGCUGAGGGAUUAUGAUGUCAACAAUGGAGCCACCCUGCAGUGUGAUGUCAGUGACACAGGACUUGGAGCAACCUCCAUGCAGUGAGGGUAACCCGUUGUGUUUGUAUCCAGAGCGUUAACGUAUACUGAAUACACUACAAUGACUAGGAACAUAGGAACAGGAAUAGGCUGUUCAGCCCCUCAAGCAUGUUCCAUGAUUCAAUGAGAUCAUGGUUGAUGUGUGGCCUAACUCGAGAUAUUUACCUUUGGCCCAUAUCCCAUAACACAUUUGCUGACAAAAAAUUAUCUAUCUUAGAUUUAAAAUUAACAACUGAUCCAGCAUUAACUGCCAUUUGUGGAAGAGGAUUCCAAACAUCUACCACCCUCUGUGCUUCUGAACAUCUCUCCUGAAUGGUCAGGCCCUAAUUUUUAAAUAUAGCCCCUAGUUCUAGAAUCCCCAACCAGUGGAAAUAGUUUAUCUUUAUCUAUUGAGAAACAUAUGCUGGCUAUUGUUUUUUCCUUGUGAACAUCUCAACCUGAACCUGUUGGAGGAGAGAAAGUGAUGUUAAAGACUGACCACAAGACAAUUCAAAUCAUUCUUUCUCAAACCAAUUCUAUUUGUGACAAACUGUUUCUAAAGGAUGUUACUUCAUUUGGAGAGCUAUCACUUGGAAAUGAAAAACAAGCAAGGGAAGCAGAUGUACAUCGCUGACAUGCUGUUGAGAGCUACACUCUCUUUGAAGUAAGUUGAUGUUGGUACACAACUUGAUGUUGGUAUUCAAGAUCCAACAAGGAAUAGCAGCAUUUCAUGCUCUGGGAAUCAUCAAUCCAACGGAGACAUUGACCUAGAUCUUGUGCUCUCUAGAGUAUUGGAGAACAGACAAACAACUCAAGAUGUAUAUUGUGAUCACUUCCAAGUUCUGACACAUUGAACCCCAUCCAAAUCCCCCCAUUGUACUCGAUCUUCUCCCUGACCUCACUCUCCUCACUCUUGACUCUCCCCAACCCGACUCGACAACAUCCAUGUCCAAAGUUGAUAAGUUGCCAAUGCCCGCUACAACCUGCAUGCUUAACCUGACCUAAACUUGUGCACCAGCAGGUAACCCCUGACCUGACCACUCACAUAUGGACAUCCCCAACCUCCCUAUGACUCUCCUCACACUUCACCUACCCCACUAAGCCUAUCCACAUCCCAAUUUACCUCAGAGAUUGCUGCACUGAUUCUCAUCAGUGCUGUCUGUGUGGAUUUCUGUCCUGUCAAGGAAUUAAGUUCAGACUGAACAAGGUAAGAGGAAGUGCAGUACUGGCCAAACAUGAGCAAUGAGAUGAAGGCCACAUCAGCCAGUGCAGUGCGUGUAAUGAACAUAAACUAAAUAAGAUAGCGCUGUUCAUGAUUUGUGACAUCCCCGACAGCCCAUGGAUGAAGCUUGGAGUACAGCUCUUCACUGUCACUGGAACUGAUUAUCUUGUCACUGUUAAUUACUAUUCAGACAGCAGGGAGUUCGAGCAGCUGAGGUCACCAACUCCCAGUGAGAUUAUAGAAUAUCUGAAAGCACACUUCAGUUGUCAUGACAUUCCUGACAUCGUGAUCAGUGACAAUGACCUGAAUUCACGAGUGAAGAAUCAGACUCUCAUGAAUGCUUGGGAAAUUUAGCACCAUCCAUUAGCUACACACAACCCCAGUCAAAUGGAAAGGCUGAGGCAUCAGUGAAAAUUAGCAAAUAGAUCAACAAGAAAUCAACUAGAUCCAGUUGUGUAUAAGGCAAACUUGGAGUCAAAAACAUAUGUGCUAUGAAGGCUUGGAAAGUUUCCAGUUAAAUGACUUAAUGUCACACCAUAUUGUACUAUACUUCCACUUGUAAGGAAAACUACUGAGGCCAGAAACAGUAAAAACAGUGAGUGAUAAGAUUAAAUUAAAAUGACAGGAAGCUGAAUUUCACUUUGAUAAAGCUGCUGAAGUAUUGCCUAAACUGAAAGUUUGAGAGCCAGAGUGGAAACAUUCGAUGUUCUCAAACAAAGGUCAACCCGAAAAGAAAUUCGGGAACUGUGUUAAGACAUUGUCGUUUCGAUUAUAUACAGUGAAAGUGAAUGACCAGGUUUGUUGUCUCAAUGUAUAUGCAACCGGAGAAGCUAGUCACAAACAAACAACCAAAAGAACUGCGGAUGCUGUAAAUCAGGAACAAAAACAGAAGUUGCUGGAAAAGCUCAGCAGGUCUGGCAGCAUCUGUGAAGAAAAAAUCAGAGUUAACGUUUCGGGUCCGCUUAUGGAGAAGCUAGUCCCCUGCAUGAGACAGCUGAUGAGACAGAUCAGAUUUCACCGAAUGAGCAAGGAACCGAAACGUCAUCAGUCCACGAGAUAAACAUUCCCCAACAAAUGCACUUAUCAGCAGCAGUCAUUACCCAACAACAAAAGGCAGCAACAUUCUCCAGAAAGAUUGUGUAGGAUCAAAGUACAUGGGACCAUGACAGGAAAGUUAGUUUAGAAGUUACUUUUCAGUGAAACUUAGAGCAAGCUGCAUUUUUUCACAAAAUGACAAAAUUCACUCACAAACAGAAUGUGGCCAACAUCCUCACACGAAUGUGAAGUUGCUGAUAAGAACAUAAGAACGAGGAGCAGGAGUAGGCCAUCUGGCCCCUCAAGUCUGCCCCGCCAUUUAAUAAGAUCAUGGCUGAUCUUUUUGAGACUCAGCUCCACUUACCCGCUCACUCACCAUAACCCUUAAUUCCUUUACUGUUCAAAAAUUUAUCUAGCCUUGCCUUAAAAACAUUCAGCGAGGUAGCUUCAGCCACUUCACUGGGCAGGGAAUUCCACAGAUUCACAACCCUUUGGGUGAAGAAGUUCCUCCUGACCUCAGUCCUACAUCUGCUUCCCUUUAUUUUGAGGCGAUGCCCUCUAGUCCUAGUUUCGCCUGCUAGCGGAAACAACCUCCCUGCCUCCACCUUAUCUAUUCCCUUCAUAAUCUUAUAUGUUUCUAUAAGAUCUCCCCUCAUUCUUCUGAAUUCCAAUGAGUAUAAUCCCAGUCUACUCAGUCUCUCCUCAUAAUCCAACCCUCUCAACUCUGGAAUCAACCGAGUGAAUCUCCUCUGCACCCCCUCCAGUGCUAGUAUAUCUCUUCUCAAGUAAGGAGACCAAAACUGCAUACAGUACGCCAGGUGUGGCCUCACCAGGACCCUAUACAGCUGCAGCAUAGCCUCCCUGUUUUUAAGCUCCAUCCCUGUAGCAAUGACAGACAAAAUUCCAUCUGCCUUUUUAAUUACCUGCUGCACCUGCAAUCCUACUUUUAGCGAUUCAUGCACAAGGACACCCAAGUCCCUCUGCACAGCAGUGUGCUGCAAUUUUUUACCAUUUAAAACAUAGUCCAUUUUCCUGUUAUUCCUACCAAAAUGGAUGACCUCACACUUAUCAACAUUGUACUCCAUCUGCCAGACCUUCGCCCACUCACUUAGACUAUCUAUAUCCCUCUGCAGACUUUCAGUGUCUUCUGCACACUUUGCUCUACCACUCACCUUAGUGUCAUCUGCAAAUUUUGACACACCAUACUUAGUCCCCAACUCCAAAUCGUCUAUGUAAAUUGUAAAUAAUUGCGGUCCCAACACUGAUCCCUGAGGCACACCACUAGCCACUGACCGCUAACCAGAAAAACACCCAUUUACCCCUACUCUUUGCCUUCCACUGGUCAACCAAUCCUCUAUCCAUGCCAAUACAUUACCUGUAAUACCGUGCAACUUUAUCUUAUGUAGCAGCCUUUGGUGUGGCACCUUGUCAAAUGCCUUCUGGAAAUCCAGAUACGCCACAUCCACAGGUUCCCCACUGUCCACCAUGCAAGUAAUGUCCUCAAAGAAUUCCACCAAAUUAGUUAAACAUGACCUACCCUUCAUGAACCCAUGCUGGGUGUUUCCAAUGGGACAAUUUAUAUCCAGAUGUCUUGCUAUUUCUUCCUUAAUGAUAGAUUCAAGCAUUUUCCCCACUACCGAAGUUAAGCUAACUGGCCUAUAGUUACCUGCUUUUUGUCUGCUUCCUUUUUUAAACAGUGGCGUCACAUUGGCUGUUUUCCAAUCUGCGGGAACCACCCCAGAAUCCAGUGAAUUUUGGUAAAUAAUUACUAGUGCAGGAUUACAUGCAAAUAAAAAAACAGUAUCAUGUGGACUCCUGCUUUGGCACAAACAUGAACAUUGCAGUAUGAGCUCUAAUAAGUAAAACCUCAAUCAGAUAAAAGAAACAUGAGGUCCCAAGUCUUAUUGUCUUGUUUUAAGUGGUCCCUUGACUAACAGAUUGACUUACAUAAGACCAUAAAAUGUUGCAGAAGUAGGUGAUUCAAGCUCAUCGAAUCUGCUCAACCACUCAGUGAAAUCAUGGUUGAUCUGAUAAUCCUCAAUUCCAAUUUUGUGCCUUUUCCCCAUAACCCUAAUUCCCUUACUGAUUAAAUUCCGUCUCUCUCAGCCUUGAAUAUACUUAGUAGCUCAGUCUUGAUUGCCACUCUGUCGUAAAGAAUUCCACAGAUUCACCAUCCUCUCAGAAAAGAAAUUCCUUUGCAACUAUGUCCUAACUGGGUAAUCCAUUACUCUGAAAUUAUGACCUCUGGUCCUGGACUCUCUGACGAGGGAAACAAACUCUCAGCAUCUACCAUGACAAGCUCCUGAAGAAUCCUAUGUGUUUCAGUAGGUUGCUUCCCAUUCUUCUGAACUCCAAUGUGUACAGGCACAUCCUACUCAACUCUCCUCAUAAGAAAAUCCAUUCACACGUGGAAUCAAUCUCGUGAAUCUUCUCUGGGAUGCCUCCAAUGCCUGUUCACAUUUUCUUGGAUAAAGGGACCGAAACUAUUCACAAUAUUCUAGGGAUCGUCCUGAAACGUCAGCUUUCCUGCUCCUCUGAUGCUGCCUGACCUGCUGUGUUCAUCCAGCUCUAUACCGUGUUAUCUCACAAUAUUCUCGGUAUGGUCUAACGCAUGCCUUGUAUAGUUUUAACAAGAUUCCCCUAUUUAUAUGCUAUUCCAUUUGAAGUAAGCCAACAUUCCUCUGAUAUUUCCCAAAAGAUAAUUGCUCCUUGACCCUAGUUUUCAAGAAUAAGUAUAAGAUAGCAUAUUUUAGAAAUUUACGCAGGCACUAUCAUUACAAUUGGUUGUUCUCUUCACCUAACCUGGGACAGUGAUAAGGAAUAGUCUAUUAUUUAUUAAAUGACCAUCUUCUAUGUAAUGUUUAAGUAUAGAAUGCCACAAAUUUAUUAUAACUAUCUCAAUGUAACUCAAAUCAUUUGGAGUUUCACUGGAUUUGGUCACAUUCAUUUCAGAUUCACAGAUCAACAAGUUUCACUCCCCUGGUGAUCAAAGUUUGAACAACAUCCUUAUAAUUUUUUAAGCGUGUUAUAUCUGUAAAAGUCUAGUUUGAAUGUUGUCUUCACUUGUUGAAAUAAGAACUAUCUAUCUUUUCAGGGAUUAUUUAGCCUCCUAAUUUGUACUCUUUGUGUAACCACGAACUAAUGCUUUCUUACUAUAUAAAUUAGUGCAUACUUAAAUUGUCUCAUCUAGUUAUCUGUAUCCAAAUUCCUUUUAGGUAUGGUAAGUAUAUUUGCUCAGAGGUUCCACUGGAUCUUUACAAUAUCAGGAAAAAUUACAAUCUCACUAAAAAAAAAGGAAUUUAGACAAGGGGGAUAUUCUUGAUUAUUUUCUUCCUUUGGGUGGGUGACAAGUUGGAUUCUGAGGGCCGAAGUUACCUGCCAUGGUGUCCAACUCCUUCAAGUUGAAGUUGAGGGGAAUUAGGCAAGGAAUACACCUGAUCUCAAUAGCUGAACAUAUGGAUUUACCAUUGUAAGACAACAGCAGACACCAGAUUAACAACUACUCAAACAUGUACCAUGAGAAAAGCUGAAUGCUUUAAAGAUCAUGUGUGCAAUGCAUGUGUAAGGAUAGACAGAACUGAACAGGCAAGAAAAAACAAACAGAUUUUGUUGUUCCUAUACAAUUUUUUAAUGAAAUGUUUGUGUGUCAUAAUUUGAAAAAGAUACUGCAUGCAAUUUUUGCCUUUAUUUGUGGAAAGGAGAAUAUUUGGACAAAUAUGUUUAUAUACCAUGGUUUCGUAUAUGACUGUAACCUCUGAUGUCAUCUUACAUAAGCAAACAUUUUAACUACACCAAUUUCACACACCAAUGGAGUAUUGAUUAAAAUUUAUAUUCCCUGAAUAUAUCUACACACUGUGGGUUGCUUGAGUUUGGGGAAACUGACCAGUGAAAUGGAGGUGACUUUGAGCAGCUGAUCAGAGAUUUUUAUUGUGGGAAUAGCAUUCUUCAUCCUCGGAGGCUUUCAUCAGUGUGGGAUUUGAAUCCUCAUAUACGUUUGACAGCAAUCAGAAGAGGAAUACCCACAACAUCCAAGGUGGUAGUGAUGUGCAGUAAUGGGAUCAGCACAUGCACAGGAGAGAGGGAGACAUGAAGGAGGAGGGCUGUGGGUGCAAUUUAUUUUUUUUCCUCCUCCUCCUCCCCACCUUCUUCCUCUCUCCCACCUCAUCCUGUUUCCUAUCUGUCCUUCUUCCUCAAUCCCCUUUCUCAUCCCUGCUCUCUCUCGGUUAUCUCUCCCCCGACAGCAAUAUAAAGAUGAGAGGGAUAGAGAGAAAGUGCACCAUCUUAAACUCUAUCAUAAAUAAAAAAUCAAAGGAGAAACCUCCUGUGACAUUACUGCAGAUUAAACCUCUACAAUCCUGCGGCAUCUGGACAGGGCCUUGCCACAUCGGAGAAUUUUCCAGACCAUGGGAGUUACAUGUCCAGUACACUUUGUCCUGUUACACUGAGAUUGAGCUGUGAUUGAAGUGGCGUGUGUGACCACCUUAGCUUUGUUGACUGACAUUCCUAAGGAGGAUGAAGUGUUGGUGGUGAAGAAAGACAAAUUUGAGAAGAUGUUUCAGAAUACCAGCACCCCCUGGUAGAGUUCUGUGAGUGACAAGAAGAGAGGAUUUAACCAGGGCACUGCUAGUAAACUCCAGUGGUAACACAACUAUUUCCUCUGCAACUGGCAAAAAAACACUUGUUACUAAGUGCUGACCUUUAAAAUGAACUUCAGAAUUGCACUAAAGUCCUGUGGGUGACUGACCACAGAAGUUCCAGACUAGAGAGUGCCAGACAAAUAAGGUACAAUCUGUAAUUUAACUAUUUCUCGUGCUUAUGUAACACAACUGAAAUUAAUUAUUAUCUAUGAGCCUGUAAUUUGCUGAAGUAAUUGCUGGCCACAAUAUAUAGACUGGAAUCAUGAAUGCGACUGACUCUUGGUGUCUGAACACUCAAAAACCCUGAUUGUAAUGUGAAGAACCAUCUCAAACAGGCACAAUUAACAGAAACUCAACACUCUCACUAUUCCCAUCCGGGGUUGUGGUCAUUUCUGUGAUUGGUACCAGCUUCCUGGCUGAUGUUUAAUAAAUCAGUAUUAAAGUAGGCUUGAAGUAACUAACAUUUAAACUUCCAGUCACAGUCAAUUUCAGCCAGGUUAUGUCGACAAAACCAACACAGACUAAUGUAAACACUUGGUCACAACUGGUGUGCCUGUCUUUAUUCUGUGAUUUUAAAGGAGGUUUAAUUUUAAAAAAUUACAAAAAGCAUGUGACCAACGGAAGCAGUUUUAUUUAAGGGUGCUACGUUGCAGCCUGAUUGGCUUCUUGAUCAAUGCACUGUGUAAAUAUCCACUGGGGAAGUGUAUAAGUCUGAAGGUACUUUUUAAACCUCUUUGUCUUCGUAGAUUAAUCUCAGUAAUUAGUAUGCUAAUUUUUAUUAGUGUUCUGUAGGGGCUUUUAUACUUGAACUUUCAACUGUAGACAGUUCUCUACAGUCCCAUGUGGGAAUGGUCAGAAUGGUGGUUGACAAGAGGAAGGCAACAAUGACUGAAAGAAAUCUACAAUGGACAGCCUUGUGAUCACUACUUAGUGGACAGGGGUCAAAAAGACACAUUUGUCCUUUUUUAAUAUCUCCAAGAUCUUGCUAUUUUCCAACUGGGCUGAAGUUAUUUUGUCAAACUUUCGUCCAAUCAUAGGACCCCUACAGUGUGAAAAGAGGUCAUUCGGCCCAUCAGGUCUGCACCGACCUUCAGAAGAGCAUCCCAU